CACAUCCUCGCUACGUUAUCCACCGCCCCCCGUGAAUCUCCGUUCCAAAAUACAAACCCUCGUAUUUCCUCCCUUUCUGCAUUGAACUGAACCUGGUGUGCCAUCCAUCCUUGGUUCAAAAUGGCGGAAUUCGUGCGUGCCCAGAUUUUUGGCACCACUUUUGAGAUCACCAGCCGGUACACCGACUUGCAGCCGGUGGGAAUGGGCGCUUUCGGUCUUGUCUGUUCGGCGCGGGAUCAAUUGACCGGGCAACCAGUCGCCGUCAAGAAAAUCAUGAAGCCAUUCAGCACACCCGUCCUGUCCAAGAGAACAUACCGUGAAUUAAAACUGUUGAAACACCUGCGACACGAAAAUAUCAUCAGUCUGAGCGAUAUCUUUAUCUCCCCGCUGGAGGAUAUUUAUUUCGUCACAGAGCUGCUGGGCACCGAUCUCCACAGAUUGUUAACUUCGCGGCCUCUUGAAAAGCAGUUUAUUCAAUAUUUCCUUUACCAGAUUCUGCGGGGGUUGAAAUAUGUCCACUCGGCCGGUGUCGUUCAUCGUGACCUCAAACCCAGCAACAUCCUUAUCAACGAGAACUGCGACCUGAAAAUCUGCGAUUUUGGUCUUGCCCGUAUCCAGGAUCCGCAGAUGACCGGCUAUGUUUCGACCCGGUAUUACCGUGCGCCUGAGAUCAUGCUCACUUGGCAGAAGUACGACGUGGAGGUGGAUAUUUGGAGCGCAGCAUGUAUUUUUGCGGAGAUGCUGGAAGGAAAGCCCCUGUUUCCCGGAAAAGAUCACGUCAAUCAAUUCUCGAUCAUCACGGAGCUGCUGGGAACUCCGCCCGACGACGUGAUCCAGACAAUUUGCAGCGAGAAUACGUUGCGAUUCGUCAAGUCGCUACCCAAGCGUGAGCGACAACCUCUGGCCACCAAGUUCAAGAAUGCCGAUCCAGAUGCGGUCGAUCUGCUGGAAAAAAUGCUUGUAUUUGACCCGAAGAAGCGCAUCCGGGCUGGCGAGGCCCUUGCCCACGAGUACCUUGCCCCGUAUCACGAUCCGACCGACGAGCCUGAGGCUGAGGAGAAGUUCGACUGGUCAUUCAACGAUGCCGACCUACCUGUGGAUACAUGGAAGAUUAUGAUGUACUCCGAAAUCCUGGACUUCCACAACAUCGACCAGGGCAACGAUGCCGGUCAAGUGCUUGUCGAGGGGGCUGCGGCCGGACAGCAGAGCUUUGCAUGAGGAGAGAUUCCUGCCUAAAAUUACCCUUGACGAGGUGCACGGAAUAUGAUAAUGAUGUCCUUUCCUUUUAUGUUCUCAUGGUAUGUAGACUGGAUGCGGGGAUUGUGA